AUUUAAAUGAAAGAAAAAAUCAAAAUAGGAUGCACAUUUCUUGCACGAUUCUGCUUUUGAGCCUGUUCGUCCACGUUCAUUCAUCUAAUUUGGACCACGACUGGCUUAAGUGGACCCUCCAGCAUGGCAAGAUUUACCCGAACCAGACUGAGGCAGCUUUCAGAAGAGCUGUGUGGGACCGGAAUGUACGAAUGGUACUUGAACACAAUCGGGAAGUCUUGCGGGGGCGACGCAACUUCACACUUGGUCUGAACCACUUGGCAGACAUGACAUCAGAGGAGGUGAAUCAGAAGCUGAACGGUUUGAAGGUGGACGAAGUGGCUUGGGUCACAAAUUACACGAGAAAGGUGACGUUACCUCGCAGUUUGGACUGGAGGACUAAUGGGCUUGUUGGUCCUGUCCAAGACCAAACAUCAGAGGAGGUGAACCAGAAGCUGAAUGGUUUGAAGGUGGACGAAGUGGCUCGGGUCACAAAUUACACGAGGAAGGUGACGUUACCUCGCAGUUUGGACUGGAGGACCAAAGGGCUUGUUGGUCCUGUCCAAGAUCAAGAAAGACAAAUAUUCACCCCCCCCCCAAAAAAAUCACUCUUAAUUCCCGAACCACCUCUUACCAAAAAUAAGUUGUUGAACAAGUUCUGUUUUGAAAUAUGUACUUUCUUUUUGUCUCUAAAGACACCAGAGAAGGUAAACCAGAAGCUGUACAGCUUGAAGGUGGACGAAGUGGCUCGGGUCACAAAUUACAUGAAGAAGAUGGACGAAGUGGCUCGGGUCACAAAUUACACGAGGAAGAUGACGUUACCUCGCAGUUCGGACUGGAGGACUAAAGGGCUUGUUGGUCCUAUCCAAAACCAAAUAUCAGAGGAGGGGAACCAGAAGCUGAACAUCUUCAAGGUGGACGAAGUGGCUCGGGACACAAAUUACUCAAAGGUGACAUUACCUCGCAGUUUGGACUGGAGGACUAAAGGGCUUGUUAGUCCUGUCCAAGACCAAGUAAGACAAAUAAUAAUCAUCCUCCCCCCAAAAAUCAUUAAUUCCCGAACCACCUCUUUCAAAAAAAGCUGUUUAACGAGUCCUGUUUCCAAGGGAAUUUGCGGGUCUUGUUGGGCGUUUAGCUCUCUGGGAGCCCUGGAGGGCCAAAUGAAGAAGCGAACCGGGAACCUGGUACCCCUCAGCCCGCAAAAUCUCCUUGACUGCAGCAGCGUGGACGGCAACCACGGUUGCCGAGGUGGUUACAUCACCAAAGCCUAUCGAUAUGUCAUACGCAAUCGAGGCGUCGAUUCCGAAAGGUUCUACCCGUACGAGCGCCAGAGUGGAAAAUGUCGCUAUUCGCCGAAAGGGAAGGCGGGCUACUGCUCUAAUUUUCGCGUGCUCCCCGGUGGCGACGAGAGGGCGCUGAAGGCCACCUUGGCUGAUGUCGGACCCCUCGCCGUGGCCGUCAACGCUAUGCUUCCGUCUUUCCAUCUCUACAGAGGAGGCAUCUAUGACGACCCCGACUGUGAAGCCAAGUUUAUCAAUCACGCUGUUUUGCUGGUGGGCUACGGUUCCGAUAGAGGACGAGAAUUCUGGCUGCUCAAGAACAGUUGGGGGUCCGCCUGGGGAGAAGACGGCUUCAUUCGGAUCAGCCGGAACCGGAAUAACGUGUGUGGCGUCGCCAACUUUGCAGUCUAUCCUCAACUAUAAACAAUAAACCAAGAGUCAUUGUUGGUUUGUCUCAGAACAUUUUCUUUUUUAAAGGUGCGUUCCAUACAGUGUUCAUCAUCAAAGUCCUUGUCCGCACGUAUGAAGGCUCAAGCAUAUAUACAUUACACUAAUAUAUGUAUAUACAUGUGUGUAUAUAUAUAUACUAUUACAUAUACAGUAUACACAUUAUAUAUAUAUGUAGUCUUUAUAUAGAAAACAAAACCACUACCAAAAAUAAUCAUCUUUUUUCAUAGCAGCAAAAAAGAGGAAACUAAAAAGAGAAAAAUGAAAUAUAUUUACAGUACAGCUUUUUCAGAUGACAAGGCAUUUUACAACUCUUGUUUUCCCAUUCUUUGAGUACUUUCAUUUCUCAUGUCUGUUUAUAUAUAUCGCAUCUCAGUCCUCUUCAACCACAUGUGAUCCAGUUGUCGGGGACAGCCGGACGGACGGUGGAGCAAACACGGCUUUCACUUAACAGUGCAAACUCUCA